AUGCCUGGCCUCUGCGCAGCGAUGAGUAAGUUGAGCAUCAGCAGCACCAGCAGCUCCGAUGAUACCAGUCAAGGCACCCUGGAACUAGCAAAGGAGGCCUGCGAAAUCCGCGAUGUUUGGGCCUCCAACCUCGAGGAAGAGUUCUCCACCAUCAGGCGCCUGGUCCAGAAGUACAACUACGUCGCAAUGGAUACAGAGUUCCCUGGCGUCGUAGCGCAGCCCGUAGGAAAAUUCCGAAGCAUCACCGACUAUCAAUACCAAAUGCUGCGCUGCAAUGUGGACUUGCUCAAGAUUAUCCAGCUGGGCGUCACUUUUUUUGACGAGGACGGACACAAACCGGAAGACAUCUCUACCUGGCAAUUCAACUUCAAGUUCUGCUUGUCAAAAGACAUGUUCGCGCAAGACUCGAUCGACCUCCUGGUCAGCUCUGGUAUACAGUUUCCCAGGCAUGAAAAGGAAGGCAUUGAGGCGUACGAGUUUGCCCAGUUACUCAUGACUUCUGGAGUUGUCCUCUCAGACGAUGUUAAGUGGCUCACUUUUCACAGUGGCUACGACUUCGGCUACCUGCUGAAGGUGCUGACAGGCGAGAACCUGCCCGCGGCGGAGAACGAUUUCUUUGAGACGCUGAAAUCAUAUUUUCCGUGCAUCUACGAUGUCAAAUACCUCAUGAAGAGUUGCAGAAGCCUGAGAGGAGGCCUGCAGGAAGUGGCUGGGCAGCUCCAGCUCGAAAGAGUCGGACCACAACACCAAGCGGGCAGCGACAGCUUGCUUACUGGUGCUACAUUUUUCAAGAUCCGAAAAGUGUUUUUUCAAAACAAGCUGGACGACAAAAAGUUCCGCGGGUUCCUGUACGGCCUGGGCACGUCUUACGGCAUUAACGGCGACCAAAUGUUCGAAGUUCACGCUAGCCCACACCAUGUCACCCGGAUCCUGUCGAGGUCCCCCACAGUCGUCUAUUCGACACCCGCCUCCAGGAACGUCGUGCCCUGAACACCUUUGGAAGCCUGCCACUACUAAUGUUUUACAGACUUUCGUGUUCUCAUUUUGGAUUACUACGUGUUCCAUCAGCUGACUCUUUUUAUCCAGUCAUUUUCAUUCUGUUAUCUCCUUCUUCCAAACUUCUCUUUGUGCCUUUCUAUUUUUUUUUUUUGCUGUGGCGCUAUCAUUAUAAAUUGUGUGUUUUUU